CAAAACGAAAGCCCUCCUUUUCCACGCUUCGGGGAAUUCUGGUUACCUUAUACCCUAGAUCAAAUUUUUAUCUGUAUUCUUACCUCGAGAUGGAGGAAGAAACGCUCAGAGAGACGGCGGAGAUGGGGUUCGUGAUCGAGGCGGAGGCCGCGGCGGCGAUGAUGACAGAAUUGGGCGUCGCCUCCGCGCCGGAGCUGCUGGCGACGCUGGUCCCCGCCGCCCAGAGGCUGGCGCGGCCAACCAUCUCGAACUUCCCGGUGGGAGCCGUCGGACUGGGGACGAGCGGCAGGAUCUACAUCGGGGUGAACGUGGAGUUCCCCGGGCUGCCGCUCCAUCACUCCAUCCACGCCGAGCAGUUCCUGAUCACCAACGCCGCCGUCCACGGCGAAGCCGGGAUCCGGUGCAUCGCCGUCUCCUCCGCUCCUUGCGGCCACUGCCGCCAGUUCCUCCAGGAGCUCCGUGGGGCGGCGGAGAUCCAGAUCCUCGUCACCUCCGACGGCCCCGGAUCCGCCUUCCGCUCCCUCUCCUCCUUCCUUCCCCGCCCCUUCGGCCCUCCCGAUCUCCUCCACAAGGACCAUCCCCUCCUCCUCGAACCCCACUACAACAAGAUCGCCCUUUUGGACGGUGACGAGGAGGCGGAGGCCGCCGGCGGCGGCGGCGGCGGCGGCGGGACCUGCAACGGGAUCGGAGGAGGGGUGGAGGCACGGUUGAGGGUAGAGGCGGAGGGGGCGGCGAGAGCGGCGCACGCGCCCUACAGCAAGUGCCCGGCGGGAUUCGCGGUGGCCGAUGGGAGGGGGAGGGUGUACGCGGGGUCGUAUGAGGAGUCUGCGGCGUAUAACCCGAGCCUGGGGCCGGUGCAGGCGGCGGUGGUGGCAUACAUGGCGGCGGGCGGCGGCGGAGCCGGAAAGGGAUUCGAGUUCGUGGCGGCGGCGCUGGUGGAGGCGGAGGGUGCGGUAGUGUCGCACGAGGCGACGGCGAGAAUCUUCCUGGCGGCGGUGGCGCCGCGGGCCCACCUGAAGGUCUACCGCUUCCGAUCCUCCGCCGACCCCGCCUAGACGGCGGUUUCUGGACGCCGGGGGGCCGUUCCCUCUGGAGAUGACGACGACGACAGAGAAUGGACGGCUGGGAUUAGAUGAAUUGUAACCAUGCGGUGAUUGCCACUCUUUAUGGAUAUCCCACUGCUAUAUUUAUUUUAAUAAAAAUCCAGGCUUAAUAUCUCUAUCUCUAUCAUCGUUUGAUACAUCCAUACUCCUACGGCUUGGAUGUAAGCAU